GCGCGGUGUUCACUUGAUUUUCUAAACUCGCUCUGACGGUCUGUGUCGUUUGGUUAUACAUCGAAACAUGACUGAGGCAUUCGUUACGCUCGCCACCACAGAUGAGUACAUGUGCGGAGCGCUCGUCUGGGCCCAAUCAUUGCGUGAAGUGAAAACCACCAAACAGAUUGUGUGUCUUGUGACCAAGUCCGUAUCCCCGUAUAUGGUAAAUUUAUGUCAUUCUGUGUUCGAUCACGUUGAAGUUGUGGAUGUAUUGGACAGUGGAGAUGCGGCGAAUCUGGCUCUGUUGGCGCGACCAGAUUUGGGAGUUACCUUCACCAAACUGCACUGCUGGCGAUUAGUUCAAUACACAAAGGCGGUUUUCAUGGAUGCUGACACUUUGGUCCUCCAAAAUAUUGAUGAUUUAUUUGAAAGACCAGAGUUGAGCGCUGCUCCGGAUCCGGGCUGGCCAGACUGCUUCAAUUCCGGUGUAUUCGUGUUCGUUCCGAGUAUGGAAACCUACGAGAAACUGCUCAAGUUUGCCAUAGAAACCGGAAGCUUUGAUGGCGGUGAUCAAGGUCUGUUAAAUCUUUUUUUCUCCGACUGGGCCACGAAAGACCUCGCGCAUCAUCUACCGUUUGUCUACAAUGUCAUUAGCCAGUCGCUUUAUUCGUAUCCACCAGCAUUCACUCGCUUCCGCAACCAGAUCCGCGUCGUUCACUUCAUUGGAUCCGAAAAACCCUGGAUGACCGAGGUGGAUAAGUAUGGAACUGUCAUAAUCCAUGAUCGAGUCAACACAGGCACCCCGGAAUUUCUGCAAUAUUGGUGGUAUUUGUUUGUCACUCAUGUCAGACCGAAACUCAAUCCUGAUGUGUGUGGUCUCCUGGGAAAACUGGCCACCUUGGAGGUCCAAGUACCGUGCCCAUCCACCAUUGGGGCUCCUGAAAUCGACAGACAGAUGGCCUGGGAACUCGGUCAGAUGGAUUACAUGGGAUCUGAUUCAUUCGACCGCAUACAAUCACUGCUGGAGUCUAAAAUAAACGGUGCCACUGCACCGACGUCUUAACUUCUGACUAUCCAUUAUUAUACUUGCUUCUGUUCUCUGGUGCAGUGAACGUUUAUUUUGUCAGACCAUUUUUGUUCACCAUCCUUCCCUCGUCAUUCAUACCACUGAGCCACCCAUGCCUUCAGACGUUGACAGUCUGUCCAUAUCUGGUGAUGGAAGCACAAAAGAGCGAUUUGGGGACUAUUUUGACCGGAUGUGCACAAUUACUUGGGAUACCGUUGGCCUUUCUUAACGUGGUGUUCCCAAAAACAUACAAAUCACUCGAUACACUCGUAGGUAACUGUCACUUUAAGGAGCGCUUUCUUCUUGGUUAUGAUCGAUUUUGUCUUUGUCAUAAUGUGCUGAACAGACGCUGCGUCACGCACAUUGGUUGAGCGUUCUCUUGCAGUUUUCGACUGCGCUCACUUCUGGGGAUUGACUUGCACCCGGGACUCGAAAAACUCCACCAGUCUUCCAAAUGAUGUCUUUCUCGCACUCCUUGCUUUCUAUUCGACCGAUCGAUGUGUAGUUUUUGUCUACGUGAAGACAAUCUGUCCGACUGUCGUGCUCUGUAUCAGUUCCCUUCCCCCCCCCCAAAAAAAAACAUUCACUCACGUUUGCUUUGUAUUUUAGUCCCCUCACAUCCUUUAUGCUCAUCCUACCCCCGUGACUUUCCACCACUCACAUUCUAGUGUUAGCUAUCGAACUAAUUAGGUUGCUUUGUACACCAUUUCUAGUCAGACGCCCUCAGUCAUUCAAGCACGCACAUAAAAAUCAGCGUCAAUUCCUAUCUUGCCUCAUGUCAGACCGUCAUUUUCUUCUUCCUGUGAAUGACCUCGGCAACUUUGGUUCUAUUUUGUUCCGUAUGGUAAAUUCUCAUCAUCUUGCUUUCGGACGGCGGUAAUUUUUGUGUGCAUUACCAACGAAAAUUUGAAUUCACGUCGUCUGCCUAUUAAAUUUAUGGUCGAUGAGGGUGGGCCGAGUGGUUUGUGGACGUUGAAAAACUUAUUUGAGUGUGGCAUUUUGCCCGGCGAUUGUCAUUGAUCGGCCGAUCACCUUACCAUUGCGUAGUACUCUUCCUAUUGAUUUAUUUUUCAAUACCGC